AUGGCUCACCUCACUGCUUCUAGAAACAAGAGUAUGGAGGUGGCAUCGAAGUACUAUGGCUCCUCCAUAAUGCAACUUCGAGAGAUUUUAAUAAACUCAGAGCUUUGCACCAACACCUUGACGGUGGUAUUGACCCUAAUGAUGGCCGAGGUCUACAGCGGCCAAUCUAGGAGCUGGAGACAUCACCUCCAAGGGGCAUGGGAUCUUUUCCGGAAUUUCCGAGCUCAAAGCCCGUGGAAAGAUUCUGAACUCACUUGUGCAUCGCUGCAAAGCCUCUUCAUUAUCAGUCUCGUGGGAGAUACGAGCCGACUCGACAACGGCCUCGUGGCUGACCAAGGAGAACUUGCUCAGAGCGAAUCUGGUUAUACAACAUCUCUACCUCACGAUAGCGGAAUAAUAGAAGCAGGCACCGCGUCAUCAGCCACAUUGCAAGACCAAGAGUCAAUCUUCAUGAUCAAAUCCACUCUUGAUUUCGGGUUCACGAUUGGUGCAACACAGGAGAUCUUGGACUGCAUAUCCUGCAUUAAUGACAUGAACCGGGUCAAUAAAUGGUCCGGACCAAAUGACAACAAUUAUCGAACUCUACUUGGCAGAUUAGAUGCCUGUCGGGCAAGCCUGGCGGACAAGUCAUCAAGAGUUUGUGGUGUCUUGAACAACGCUGCCUACUAUCAACUUGGAGCCUUUGUCGCUGCCACUUAUAUUUACUUCUACAGGAGCUUCUUCGACUUGUCUCCAAUGGAGCUGCACACUUAUAUUGUCGAGACUUUUGAUUAUGUCAAUUGCUUUGUUUCUGGAAAUUACGGCAACUUCUCUCUUUGGCCCGCCUUCAUCGCUGCUGUCGAAGCAUACUCGGACGAAACCAUGUCCAUGGUGGGAGAGUGGCUAGAUACUGCCAUGAGCUUUGGCCUUGGCAGUCGAGUCCUGGUGAGAAAGGUUAUUGAAGAGACCUGGCGCAGAAGAGACAUCAUUUCGCGAGAAAUAGGCCUUGACAAGGGCCUCGUCGCGGUAGAUUGGAGACGAGUCAUAAAGGACUGGGACGUAGACGUCUUAUUGGUCUAA